UAUCGACCCAAGCCCGCCGGGACGGACAGUGUCAAAACACCACUCCAGCCUAAAUCCAUAAAUUCCCUUGAUCGCCUCUCCAGGCCCUUCAAAUGCCCUGGCUCGGCGACACCGACUCGAGCAUCAGAGAAGCCCGCAAGAAAGAAACGGAAGGUCAAUUAUGCCAACGCCGAUGGCAGCACAGAGGAUGGGGCAGAGAAACCAUACACAAACGAGGACCGACUUGCGUUGGCAACGCGCGAGGUCAACAAAUUCCCAGUGUACAAGCCCAAGGAUAAAGAUACCGCAUUUAGAACGCAUUUCCGAAUUCCCUUAAUCAACAAAACAACGGGUGAAUACGACGCAGGCCGGCCAGCACCGACAUUGGGACUUCGACAAGGUGCCACAUUUGUCGCCAAACCUCUCCACGAUCCAAGCGGGGAAUUUGCUAUUGUUCUUUAUGACCCGACUAUGGAUGAUGUCCCAGAGGAGCCAGCCAAAAAGGAGCCUGGGGGGCCAAACAGCGAGGAUCAACCCAAAAUUGAAGAGCCCUUAGUACAUAAGAGUUUGGCAGAUAUUCUUGGUCUGAAAAAGAAGGUAGAGGGUCGGCCUAAGGUGCCAGUUGUCAUUGAUCCGAGAUUGGCCAAGGUUCUUCGACCGCAUCAAGUGGAAGGUGUGAAGUUUUUGUAUCGCUGUACAACAGGCUUAAUUGAUAAGAAUGCCAAUGGAUGCAUUAUGGCAGACGGUAUGGGUUUGGGUAAAACGCUUCAAUGCAUCUCUUUGAUGUGGACAUUACUUAAGCAGGGCCCCGAGGCUGGAACUACAACUAUCCAGAAAUGUGUUAUUGCAUGCCCAUCUAGUUUAGUUGGUAACUGGGCAAACGAAUUGGGUAAAUGGCUUGGCAAGGAUGCUACCACCCCCUUUGCAAUAGACGGAAAGGCGACGAAGACGGAGCUCACUCAGCAAAUUAAGCAGUGGGCAAUCGCCUCGGGACGUGGAAUCGUCAGGCCCGUGCUUAUUGUGUCAUAUGAAACGCUCCGAAUGUACGUCGAGGCGCUCAAGGACACGCCAAUUGGCCUUCUUUUGUGCGACGAAGGUCAUCGACUGAAAAACAAGGAAAGCUUGACCUGGACGGCGUUGAACAGUCUGAAUGUCAGCCGCCGUGUUAUCCUGUCUGGAACACCGAUCCAGAACGACUUGUCUGAAUACUUUGCUCUUUUGCAUUUUGCCAAUCCCAAUCUGCUCGGCUCCCAAGCCGAGUUCCGCAAACGAUAUGAACUACCGAUCCUCCGGGGCCGCGAUGCAGCGGGGACCGAGGAGUCCCGAAAACUCGGUGAUGAACGUCUCGCAGAGCUGUCCAGCAUUGUUAACAAGUUCAUCAUUCGCCGGUCGAACGACAUCUUAUCGAAGUACCUACCUGUCAAGUACGAACAUGUGGUAUUUUGCAACAUGUCUCCGUUCCAAUUAGACCUCUAUAACCACUUUAUUCAAAGUCCAGAGAUUCGCAGCUUGCUUCGAGGAAAGGGAAGUCAACCUUUGAAAGCCAUUGGCAUCUUGAAGAAGCUCUGUAAUCAUCCCGACCUCCUCGAUUUGCAAAAAGAUCUCCCCGGAUGUGAGCAUGCGUACCCCGAGGACUUCACUCCUCCAGAAGCCCGAGGCCGUGACCGUGAGGUCAAGAGCUGGUACUCUGGAAAGAUGAUGGUACUUGACCGUAUGCUCGCUCGAAUUCGUCAAGACACGAAUGACAAGAUUGUUCUCAUCAGCAAUUACACUCAGACUCUGGAUCUGUUCGAGAAACUGUGCCGAUCACGUGCAUAUGGCUGUCUGCGACUGGACGGGACGAUGAACAUCAAGAAACGUUCAAAGCUGGUCGACAAAUUUAACGACCCAGAUGCCCCCGAAUUUGUCUUCCUCCUUAGUAGCAAGGCAGGAGGAUGCGGUCUCAACUUGAUCGGCGCCAACCGCCUCGUUCUCUUCGAUCCCGACUGGAACCCAGCUGCCGACCAGCAAGCCCUUGCUCGAGUGUGGCGUGAUGGACAGAAGAAAGACUGUUUUGUCUACCGAUUUAUCGCUACCGGUUCAAUUGAGGAAAAGAUCUUCCAGCGACAAUCCCACAAGCAAUCCCUCUCAUCAUGUGUUGUCGACUCAGCAGAAGACGUCGAGCGUCACUUCUCACUCGAAUCACUCCGCGAACUAUUCCAAUUCAAACCUGAGACACGCAGCGAUACGCACGACACAUUCAAAUGCAAACGUUGUCGGCCUGAUGGAAAUCAGUACAUUAAGGCGCCGGCUAUGCUUUACGGUGAUACGAGUUCAUGGAACCACUUUGUUAAUAAUGGUGAGAAGGGCCCCAUGGCACAGAUUCAGGACUUCUUGUUGAGGCAGGAAGUUGGCGAGAGGGACGUUUCGGCUGUUUUCCAGUAUAUUAGCCAUUGA